AGUAGAUCAAAAACGGUAACUCGUCCUUAGUUCCCAGCAACCAUGGUGCGCGCCUUUUUAAGGGUAACGCUCUUGCUCGCGUUUUCCGUGUCGAUAGUUGAGCCUUUCUACCAUUCUGUGGAUGCAACGGUGGAGUUUUUAGAGCUUUCGAAUUGCACCACGGAAGCCAUCAACGAGAGAUGCCUGCAAUCGUCGGACGCCGACCGAUACCAGGUCCACUUGCUGUGGUCGAGACUGAUGUAUUCGAACAGUAGAAGUUUAAAGUGCUACCUCGCGUGCAUGUAUACGAACGUUGAGUUCCUGAACCAUCACGGCGAGUUCGACGGGAAUAUGAUCGUGCAGGAAAACGAUUACAUCACUCUGGAGGAGAUUCAGCUCUGCGACGACAUUACCAGGUUUAUAAAGGACAGAUGCGAAAAGACCUUCGAGUUUUCCUAUUGUCUUACGCACACUAACCACACGACUGUAAAAUAGUGCACAAAUGUAAAUUUCUGCAAUUAUUUAUUUUAAAAUAAAUUAUUAAUGAUUUAAA